AUGGUUACCAUCAUGUCACACAUCUCUGAUUAUUUUGAGCAAUUUAAUAGCUCGUUAACGGCUGCUUCACAAUCAUCAUCUCAAUCUCUUGAUGUCUCAUCAUCAACAAAUAAAAUUCCACUUACAUUUUAUGUAUUCGAUUUUGAACGAUAUAGUGAUGAAAUGGGAACAUUACGAGAUUUACGUACAUAUAUGAUCCAACGUUGGCAUAAUAGUUUUUUCUUCGCUCUUGCAUAUUUAUUUUUAAUAUAUACGGGUCAGAUUUAUAUGAAAAAUAAGCCUCGAUUUGAAUUACGUUUAUGGUUAGCAGCAUGGAAUACAUUAUUGGCAUUAUUUUCAAUAUUUGGAGGUAUGAGAGUAUUACCGGAAUUAAUUUAUGUUAUUAGUCGACAUGGAAUUAAAUACUCAAUUUGCAAUAAUUCAAAUGCAUUUGGUGUUGUCGGAUUUUGGACAUGGGCAUUUUGUUUUUCUAAAUUACCUGAAUUAAUUGACACGGUAUUUAUUGUUCUUCGUAAACAACAAUUAAUUUUUCUGCAUUGGUAUCAUCAUGCAUCAGUUUUAAUUUAUUGUUGGUUUAGUUAUCAAGAUUAUAGUUCAACAGGAAGAUGGUUUUGCAGUUUGAAUUAUAUUGUUCAUGGAAUAAUGUAUUCUUAUUAUGCAUUACGUGCAUUGAAAUUUCGUAUACCACGUUGGGUCUCAAUGGUAAUAACAAUGCUUCAAUUAACUCAAAUGAUCAUUGGUUGUUGGGUUAAUUUACAAGCAUGGCAAUAUAAAAAAAAUGGUGAAAUCUGUCAAGUAACAGAUGAAAAUUUAAAAGUAUCAUUAAUUAUGUAUGGAACAUAUUUUCUAUUAUUUGCUCAUUUCUUUCUUGGUGCUGGUUUUGGUCUAUUCACUCGCAUGCAAAUUGCCAAAGGCUCAUGUGUGUGUAUCUAUAAAGGCAAAACACUUCGUACAAUCGAUGCUAUACGUCUGAAAGAUAAAUCCUAUUUAAUGCGACUUGGUCCACAAGUUUAUGUUGAUCCUUGUGAUGAUGAAACGAUACUUGGAAGAUAUAUAAAUGACCCGCGAAAUCGUUUAUUACAAAAUGUCAUAUUUGAUAAACGUCCUGAAGAACAAUGUGCUUAUGUUAUUGCUAAACGAGAUAUAGCUGCUGGUGAAGAAAUUUUUGCAGAUUAUGGACGAUGUGCACAAUUGUUGAAUAAUAAUACAUUAGAAAAUGAUAAUUCAACAGCUGCAUCAAGACGUACACAUCAGAUAACAACAAUUCUUGAUGGUCUUUUAAAAAAUUAUGAUGCACAUAUUCGACCUAAUUUUGGAGAAGGUCCAACGAAAAUAAAUUUUGAUAUAUUAGUUAGUUCAUUUGGACCUAUUCAAGAUAUAGAUAUGUCAUUUACAAUGAAUUGUUAUUUUCGUCAACGAUGGCGUGAUGAACGUCUUCAAUUUGCUGAAGAAGUUGGUGUACUUUCAUUAUCUACACGUAUGCUGGAACGAUUAUGGAGACCAGAUACAGUUUUUCAUAAUUCCAAAUAUUCCUAUUUACAUACAAUACCAACAAGUAAUCGCUUAUGGAGACUUUUUCCUGAUGGUUCAAUAUGGUAUUCAUCAAGAAUAACAGUUAAAGCAAGAUGUAAUAUGAAUUUAAAAAAUUUUCCUGUUGAUAUGCAAAUUUGUAAAUUUCUUAUUGGCAGUUUUGCAAAUUCCGCAUCAGAUAUUCAAUAUGGUUGGCGUUUAGGAAAUAAUAAUAGUGUUAGUUUUGAUACGAAAGUUUUAUUAUCACAAUUUGAUCUUAUUAGAUAUCCACAGUAUGAUGAAAUUGUUGAUAUCAAUGGACGUAACUUUUCUAUGCUUCGUGUUGAUUUUGUUCUUAAACGACAUAUGGGUUAUUACAUUUUACAAGUAUAUAUUCCAAGUUCAAUGUUAGUUAUGUUAUCAUGGGUAUCAUUUUUUAUUCAUCGUGAAGCAACAGCUGAUCGAGUUAAUAUUGGUGUAAUGACUUUUCUUAGUUUAGCAACAUUAAGUUUUGAUAUACGAAAUUAUACGGCUGCUGUUUCUUAUCUAACAGCACUCGAUUGGUUUGUUAUCAUGGCAUAUGCUUUUUUACUUGCAUCAUUACUUCAAUUUGCUUUUGUUCAUUAUUUUACUAAGUUUGGUUAUGGUGAACCACUUCUUCGUUAUCAUGAUUCAAUUGAUAGUUUAGUAAUCAAUGAAGAUAAUGGGCAAACAAACCGAGAUUAUAAAACAAAUUCAGCUUUAUUUUAUCCACGUAUUCAAAAUAUAAAUAAAAAAAAAUCUCAGCCAGAAAGAAAAUUAUGUUUAGGAAGUAUUCGAUAUUAUUUACGUCAAUUUUGGUUUUGUUUAUCAGGCAAUGAUAGUUAUAAACGUGCAUUACGUAAACGUGCAUCACGUUUUGGUAUCAAUAGUCGUAGUAAACUAGAUGGUUUUGCUCGAAUUGCAUUUCCACUAUGUUUUGCUCUAUUUAAUAUUUUGUAUUGGUAUUAUUUUCUGCAUUUACAAAGUUAA